ACGUAACAUAACACUUUCACACAGCACACAACACUGUCACUCAAACUAACUUUUCUUUCUUUCUCUCUUCAUCGCGCACUCGUGUUCUUCCUUCUUUUACUUUACUCAUUCUUAUCUCAUAAAAAUAUAAAAUUAGAUUAAAACCAUCACAUCCUUAAAUCCUCUGAAUUAUUCCGUUGAUUCUGAUUUUAUGCUUCUUCAUAAAUAAUUCAUCGAAGAUCCAUUCGAAGUUUUUUUUUUUAAUAUUUAAUUUUGAUUUUUAUGUUAUGGGCUCUCUUGAUUGUGUUCCAUCGGUCGAUGAUGGGAUGGCGGUGUUGUCUUUGAAUUCUCUUCCGUUAGGGUUUCGAUUCCGACCUACCGACGAGGAACUUAUCGAUUACUACUUACGUUCGAAGAUCAAUGGGAAUGGUGACGAGGUUUGGGUUAUCCGAGAGAUUGAUGUCUGUAAAUGGGAACCAUGGGACAUGCCUGAUUUGUCUGUGGUACGAAACAAGGAUCCAGAGUGGUUCUUCUUCUGUCCUCAGGAUCGUAAGUAUCCAAAUGGACAUCGAUUGAACAGAGCAACAAAUCAUGGAUAUUGGAAGGCAACAGGGAAGGAUCGUAAAAUCAAAUCUGGAACCAUCUUGAUUGGAAUGAAGAAGACUUUAGUUUUCUAUAGUGGUCGUGCACCUAAAGGAAAGAGGACUAACUGGGUUAUGCACGAGUAUCGUCCCACCCUCAAGGAGCUUGAUGGCACCAACCCGGGACAGAAUCCCUAUGUCCUCUGUCGAUUAUUUAAGAAAAACGAUGAGAGCGUUGAAGUUUCAAACUAUGGUGAAGUGGAGCAAACUACUUCAGCUCCUUUGGCUGCUAAUUACUCUCCAGAAGAAAUACAAUCUGAUCCGGCUCCUAUUACAGUAUCCACAUCACAGGUCACGGAAGAGGAUAAGCAGCUGGCUGUUAUCCCUGAUAUCUCUGAGGAAACCAUAUCUAAUGUUAUAACCUCGGUUGAUUACCAUAGCGAUGGAUAUGAUGCUCAUGAUGUCCAAAAUCAAAUUGCAAAACUAGCUGCAGAGGAUGAUCAGGCGUUGAACUUUGACAUGUAUUAUAACCCGAAAGACGGUCUAUUGUUAGAUGACAGAUUAUUCUCCCCACCUCUGGUGCAUAUGCCACAAGAAUUUCAUUAUCAAGCAAACAAUGAAUCAGACGGUCGAUGUGGACUUCAGUAUGGUACAAAUGAGAUAAAUAUUUCAGACUUUUUGAAUUAUGAUCUUAACUGGGAUCAAAUUCCCUGUGAGGUGUCCGUUAGUCACCAGCCGAACUUCCCCAUGUUAAAUGUUAAGGACAGUGGUUCAGGAAGCAACUCGGAUGUGGAAGUAGCCAAUAUGACUGGUAUGCAAGCUGCUUAUCCUCACGAGGCAAUUGACAGAAGGAUUCCUUUUGCGACAACACCGUCGUUUAGCCACACCUUUGAUUACAGUGGUGAUGAUCAAAAGAGCAAUGUUGUUUUAUUACAAAACAAUUUCCAGACGGCUUUCCCGUCGGAUGUUAAUAAUACUGGUGAAGUGUACAAUGCCGUCAAUGGAUAUGAGCAACCAAGGACCUGUAAUACAAUUAUGAGCAGUGAAAGUGGAAUCGUAAGGAGGGCCCGGCCAACACGAGACGAACAAUUUAAGACAAAUCCGAUGCAAGGUACUGCUCAAAGGAGAAUUCGGUUGUCAAAGAUUGAACAUGUCUCAUGUGGGAUGGUUAAGGUUAAAGAUGAGAGUUGUACACAAGAACAACAUAAUUCAAAACCGAUUAUUGCUGUGGAGAAAGCUGCGGAAAAUCAUGCUUCGGAUGAUGAAAGUGCUAUUUGUACUAAUCAUGCAUGUAAACAGAGGAAGGUUCCCAAGUCAAUUGCAAAUGCAAGCAAGGGGUUAAGAAAUUUUUUAUUGCUAGGAAGAGCACCUUUCAGAUCAAAGACUUCCUCCAAUUGUGCUCUGUGGUCUUCUGUUUUUGUAGUUUCUGCAUCUGUGCUGGUUUCAUUAGCAGCCUUUACUAACAUAUGGGGAUAUCUUAAAUUUUGAAAUGCUAGCAGGUCAUUCCUUUGUUUGUUAUUUGUCUCCAUUUCUUUUUUGGGACAGUUGAGGGGAGGCAUGUAGGGUUUAACUUUCUUAGAAUCGUUGAUAACUCGAUAUAUGUGUGUGUGUGCAUAUAUAUUGUUGGUGUAUAAUAUGUAUCACCCACCACCCAGUUGGUUAGUAUGUAAGACUCUGUUGCUGUACAUUAAGCUUGAACAGUUUCUUCAUUUUAAGUUUUAUUCCACUUUCACAUUUUAAA